UUCCAUGUUGUCGUCCACCUGAGGAGGAGAGCGAGCGGCCAAACCAACUAUUUGCAGCUUUCACGAGACUUCUGGUCGUUUUUAUCAGCACAAUGAACGUGAGGAAAGUGGAAAAGACAGUUGUGAGUGUGGAGCAGGCAGAGGGGGUUGGUGCUUACGUCCGCAGGAGCAUUGGCAGAAAGGAGCUGAGGAACCUGGACCCCUUCCUGAUGUUGGAUGAGUUCAGAGUGAGCAAGCCCUCAGGUUUUCCAGACCAUCCUCACAGAGGAUUUGAAACGGUAACAUAUGUUUUACAGGGAAUCUCAGCCCAUGAAGACUUCUGCGGCCAUUCUGGACGUCUGGAACCUGGAGAUCUGCAAUGGAUGACUGCAGGGCGGGGGGUGGUCCACGCUGAAAUGCCAGUGUCAGAGGAGCCGGUGGUGGGACUACAGCUGUGGGUGAACCUGCCGAGUCGAGACAAGAUGGUGGAACCAGCGUACCAAGAUCUCAAAGGCUCACAGGUCCCCAAACGCAGCCAGGGAGGAGUUACAGUCGCUGUUAUAUCUGGAGAGGCUUUGGGAGCAAAGUCUCCGAUUUUCACCAGGACACCAACCCUGUACCUGGAUUUCAGGCUGCAGACAGGUGCCCUGCAUGUGCAGCCAGUUCCCCGAGGAUGGACAGCGUUCAUCUACACAUUAUCUGGAUCCAUUCAUGUCGGUCCGGAUCAGGAUCAAAAGGAGGUGGAGUCGCACCACACCACGGUGUUUGGAGAUGGGGACUGUGUCAAGGUGGAAAACAAGGGCUCCGAAGAGUCUCAUUUUGUGCUGAUCGCUGGAGAACCGAUCAAAGAGCCUGUGGUCCAACACGGUCCGUUUGUAAUGACCACAGAGGACGAGAUCAGAGAGGCUUUAAGAGACUACCAGAGUUUCAGAAAUGGCUUUGAAAGGGCCAAAAACUGGAGAUCCAAGAUCAGAGACUCUUCUGGAAAGGCGAGCAGAGCCCCGAGGACGAUGAGGAUGAGGAUGAGGCGGACGCUGUGCAGGCUCUCCUGCUGGGUGACUUUGUUGAUGGAGCUGAGCUGGAUCAACGUGGGCCACGGCAUGCACAGAGAGGCGGGGAGCAGCGUCAUGAAGCAGUGGGAGAGAAAGGUGCGCUCGGCCUCCAGCCUGGACGAGCUGCUCAGACUGACGGACUUUCCUGACUGGAAGUUGUGGAAGUGUCGUAUGAGGCUGCAGCAGCAGCCGGAGACCUUCUCCACUCCACCGUCAGUGGGCUCACACCGCUCCACGCGCUACGCCACCGAGUCUUACAGCCUGGAAAUCCUGAAAGCCAUCGAUGACGAGUGGCAGCUGACUCAGUGCAUGCCGAGGGAAACGUGUGUGGACGUGGCCAAGGAGCUGAACACUGACCCUUCCAUUUUCUUCAAGCCUCCUUGUGUGUCUGUUCACAGGUGCAGUGGCUGCUGCAAUCAAGAGGGCAUCACCUGCAGGAACAUGACAACUGUACAUGUGAAUAAAACUGUGCUCAGUGUGAUUCCUUUCAACUUCGCACCUGAACCCGUACUAAUAAAAGUGGCUAAUCACACAGAGUGCAGGUGCAUGGAGCCUGCCAUCAUACGCCGUAACGCUCAGGCUCACAGGAGCAGCGGCUGCUCUCCAAUGAGCCGGCUCUCAGCAGCCGAGGACUCCAGGAGACUUUGUGCCAGUGGGCUGAUUUGGGAUUGUUCCACUGACAGAUGUAUACCUUACCCGUCCAGUGCACCAGAGUUUCCACUCGGUUCAUGGAUGCCCGAUUGUGAAAUAGACGUGGAGCGCUGCGACUGUGUUCCGAGACCUGAGCCCACUCUGCAGCCACGGCCGACCCAUCACUGCCAGCUCAACUCGUCCAUCUGUGCCCACAGGAGUCAACGUUUCGAUCACACCUCUUGCAGAUGCAGAUUACCAAAGUAGACGUCCACACUCUCCACUGGGGAAAUCUAUUUAGACGACCUGCUCACCGAGGCAGAGAAGAAAGGCUCAUAAUUUAUUAUUUACAGUCCUAUUUAUGACGAUCACUUUAACUAAUUGAGAUGAUAUUAACUCACAAGAUACUUACCCUACGUUUCAAUCAAUGUGUCAUGUUUAUGUUUCAUACAUUUGCACUGAAUAUGUCAUUUAUAUUAAAAGAUUAUUUUUAUAAUUUGA